CUGGCGCGGCGGGCCCGCCCCCUUCAGCCCCGGGCUCCUGCCUCCGGGACUCCGCGGGUCCCAGCGGGGGCCGGGGUCUGGCUGGCUGGAGUCGGGGGGAGGCACGUCCUUCCACCCCUCCGAGUCCGCUGCAGAGCCUCGAGCCGUGUCCCCAUCCUGGGGCGUCCUUCGGCCAGGUGUCCAUUGGAUGUGCGGCCGUGGCGUCUGGAAACUGAUUUGCUGAGUCACUCGCUGCACUUCCCUCCGGGGCAGCUGUUGCAUUAAAAAGGCUUAUCGGGCCCCGCGGUUCAGGGGCCAGUGCUCGCCCUACGGUCUGCCGGGAGGAGCCCCCAUUGUGGGGCGGUGGCGGUCUGAGCCGACCCGAAUAACUCAGUGUGUCUGCCGGGCCCGGAAGCGGGGAUCUCCCGGGCCAGACGGGCGCCCCAAGACCCACCUGCGCUGGCCGUGUGUGCGGGUGGCUCAUGGAGAGGACGGUGAAGCACUGCAGGCAGUGGGGCCCAAAUUUGAACUUUACUCUCUCUGCGUGGGGCGAGUGUCCCAAAGUGCGGAGGGAAAGGUUCUGGAGGACACAUGCCAGCGGCAGAACUUCAACCCCAGCGAGUACGAUCUGAAGUUUCAGAGGAAUGUUCUUGACCUCUCUCUCCAGUGGAGAUUUGCCAACCUGCCCAAUAACGCCAAGCUGGAGAUGGUGCCUGUCUCCCGGAGCCGCGAGGGGCCCGAGAACAUGGUUCGCAUCGCUCUGCAGCUGGACGAUGGCUCCAGGUUGCAAGACACUUUCUGUUCAGGCCAGACGCUCUGGGAGCUUCUCAACCAUUUUGCACAGACCAGGGAGUGCCUGGAGCAGCCGAGCGAGGCGAGCCCGGUCUGUGUGUACAUGCGGGACGAGGUGACCGGCAGAGCCUCCUUGCAGAGCACGACGCUCAAGUCUCUAGGUCUCACCGGGGGCAGCGCCAUCAUCAGGUUCGCCAUGAAGCGACGCGAUCAGGAGCCUGGGGUCUCCCGGACCAAGACCCCAGGGAGCCCGGCCCCCUCCCUGUCGGCCGACCAGGCCACCGGCGGCCCUCUGCUCCCGCUGAAUUCGGUGGGGCUCAGCCAGGGUGACGUGAGCCAUCAGGAUGAAGUGGGCACCUCGGGGGCCAGCCGCGUGGACGCUCCAGCGAAGCAGAUCUCGAAGGAGCCUGCCCCCGCCCCCUUUGUUCCUUUCUCAGGUGGGGGACAGCGACUGGGGGGCUCUUCCGGGUCUGCCAGGUCUCUGACGUCGCCUUCAGCCAAACCACCGAAGUCUUUCUCCAGCCCGGGAGGCCCCUCCAAGCCGAAGAAGUCGAGGCCUGGCCAGGAGCCCGGGUCAGAGCCGGAGCCGCCGGUGGAUCGGGACCCCGUGGUGUGCCACCCGGACCUGGGAGAGCUGCUCCAGGCUUGCCCUGCGGAGCUGCCGGAUGACUUCUUCGAGGUGACCGUGGACGACGUGAGGAGGCGCCUGGCCCAGCUCAGGAGCGAGCGGAAGCGCCUGGAGGAAGCGCCCUUAGUGACCAAGGCUUUCAGGGAGGCUCAGAAGAGGGAGAAGCUGGAGCGGUACCCCAAGGUGGUCCUGAGGGUCCUGUUCCCUGACCGCUACAUCCUGCAGGGCUUUUUCCGCCCUAAUGAGACAGUGGGGGAUCUGCGGGACUUCGUGAGAAGCCACCUGGGGAAUCCUGAGCUGCCAUUCUAUUUGUUCAUCACUCCUCCAAAAACCAUCCUGGAUGACCACAGGCUGACCCUCUUUCAGGCAGAUCUCUUCCCUGCUGCCCUCGUGCACUUUGGAGCUGAGGAACCAACAGGCCUCUUCCUGGAGCCCAGGCUGCUGGAACGCACCGUCUCCCCGUCUGCGGCUGACUUGCUGGUGGCCAGGUGCAUGCCCAGGGCUGCUGGGGCCCCGCCCCCGAUGCCAGCCCCUGACCCUGCACCCCGUGACUUGGAGCCAACGGCUGAGGCGGGGGCAGUGGGGCUCCCUGAAUCCCGCCCCGAGACGGCCCAGCCGGUCAAGAGGGAUCUGGGCAAGGUGCCCAAGUGGCUGAAGCUGCCAGCCGGCAAGAGGUGAGAGCCACCAGCCUGGAGGUGCCCUGUCUGCCAGCUGCGGGACCCCUCCCCACCCUGAGCGGGAAUAAAGGUGUGAGCUUCUCUC